AUCAUGACCUGAGCUGAAGUCAGGUGCUUAACUGACUGAGCCACACAGGCGCCACUCUAAGGCUUUCUAAGCAGUCUCCGGCUUCCUAAUGUUCAUUCUCUUCUGCACACUAGAUAAUAGGACUUUUUAUGAACGUGCUCUGCAGUUCCAUGGUGGAAAGAAUAAUUAUGACUGACCAGUUCAUUACUGGUCAUGAGGCACCUCAUUACUCCCUGAGAAAUGUUCCUCAUUUGCUGUCACUCUACUGAAUCCGUCCAUUCUAGCAUUAGAAUUGCUGGGUGGGACGUUUUCGCUGUUCCCUAGACAUGGACAUCAUUGAAUUACUGAUCUCUUUCACGGACCAGCAUUUAGGGGAAUUAAUCCGUUGAGGGAUUCCUGUGCUUGGAUAGACUGUUGUCCUGCCUUCCCAACAGAGGAACUCGGAAAUGAGAGAAGUUGGGAGGAAAGCCUCUCAAAUGGCUGGUUGGGUAUCCGUUGCACCAGGAAUCAGAAAAAGGGGAUUUGAUGAGAUUUUUGGACUCUGUGUCAUAAUCCCGUACACAUACAUCUUCAGUACUGGUGUGGAAUUCAACGAAGUCCCUUGCAAACUCCAGGCCUUCACGUGUUCCUCAAGGUCACAAGGCCCUGGUCAGUUAUGAUUCUGUCAGAAAAUCUCUUCUGGUCUGUGUGCCUUUGUGUCCUAAAAAUUAAUGGGAGGCAACCCUGAGACUCGUUAGUAUAUGGAUUUUGGGGAUGUCUAAGUUGUCAUGUCUUUUACUCCCGUCUGAGUUGAGUCCUCCGAAUAUCAUCCUGGUCCGUGAAAUGAGACCAGAAGGCACGGAAGGCAAAACUGAUUUCCGUGAUAAAUAUUAUACAAAUGAGAAUUGUACUCUUCUAUGAGAGUAUUGUUGUUCAUCUAGCUGGAUAUGACUGAAAUGGCCUGCAGGACGUUAGGACAUUAUGGCCAGCUCGAUCUUUCGAUAGUUUGGAUCCUCCUGGCUCCUCAUGUUUGGGGAUGGGAAUAGGAGAAAAAGCUUCCAUUUUUUUUUUUUCCUGUUUUUGUUCAUAAAACAUCGUGCACUUAUGACCCCAGGCUUCAUGGAGUAGUACCUGAUGUGGUUAUUUAAGGAGAUGAAAGUUUUUCUCACAAAGAAUUGAUGGUCUUAAGAUGGAAAUAUUUCUUCCGAUUCUGUAGCGUUUCUCCAAGGUGUUCUGUUCCCUGACAGUAGAGAGCAAUGAAGAUUUGAAGUGAUCACCGUAAAAAUGUAGCAGUAAAUUCCGUGUGUUCGUGAUGCUGUUAAAUUCAUGAGGACGUGAGUGUGGCCAGAGAGGAGGAGUCUGAGAACCAAGUCGUAGAAUAAAUGUUGAGAAGUCAGGGUCGUAUGUGAAUUUCUUACGAAUUGAGUAUAGAUCGCCAGUUCUGCCCGUCUUACCCAUCCCCCUGUACACAUGUAUGGGAUGUUUUAGGACUCAGUGGCCUUUGAGGAUGUGACUGUGAACUUCACCCUGGAGGAGUGGGCUCUUCUGAAUCCUUCCCAGAAGAAACUCUACAGAGAUGUGAUGCAGGAAACCUUCAGGAACCUGGCCUCAGUAGGAGACAAAUGGGAAGAUCGUAACAGUAAAAGUCUGUAUGAACAUGAGACAAAUCGAAGGCGCGUGGUAGAGAGUCCCUGUCAAAGUAAAGAAGGUAGUCCGCGCGGAGACCCCCGCCGCCAGAAUCCAAGUCCUAAGCAGAUAAAGAAGAUUUCUACCAGAAUCAAACUCCGUAAAUGCAGUUUCUGUGGACAGGUGUUCAGGCAUCAUUCAUCCUUCAGCAGGCACAUGCUCUCCCACACUGGCCACAAACUGUACGAGUACCAGGAAUACGAAGAGAAGCCUUAUAAGUGUAAGGAGUGCGGGAAGGCCUUCAAACAUCGCCAGUCCAUCCGCGUACACGUCAGGACUCACACCGGCGAGAAACCUUACAAGUGCCAGCACUGUGGGAAAGCCUUCAAGCACUGCCAGUCCAUUCGCAAGCAUGAAAGGAUCCACACCGGCGAAAAGCCCUACGCGUGCAAACAGUGCGGAGAAACGUUCCAGUAUCGCCACAACUUCCAGAAACACGAGCGGACGCACACCGGAGAGCAGCCCUACAGGUGUAAGCACUGUGGGAAAGCCCUCAGUUGUCUCAGCUACUGCCGGGUUCACGAGCGAACUCAUACCGGCGAGAAACCGUACGAGUGUAAGCAAUGUGGGAAAGCCUUCAGUUACGCCAGUUACAUCCGAAUACACGAGAGAACUCACACCGGAGAGAAGCCCUAUGAGUGCAAGAAGUGUGGGAAAGCCUUUAGUUGCCCAAAUUACUUUCGAAAACAUGAGAAAACGCACACCGGGGAGAAACCCUACGAGUGUAAGCAGUGCGGUAAAGGCUUCAGCUGCCCUAGAUCCUUCCGCAGUCACGAGAAGAGACACCGGGGCGAGAAGCCGUACGAAUGUAAGAUAUGCGGUAAAACCUACAGCUGCCCCGUGUACUUUCGAAACCAUGAAAGGAGACACAGCGGGGAGAAGUCCUAUGAAUGCAAAAUCUGUGGGAAGUCCUUCAGUUGUCCCAAGUAUUUUCGAAAACACGAGAGAAGUCACACGGGCGAGGAACCCUGUGAAUGUAACGACUGUGAGAACGUUCCCGUGAGUCCUCUCGCGAUAUUUCAAAGACACGUGAUGAAGGCCACCGGAGACGGACCUUACAAGUGUAAGGAGUGCGGGAAGGUCUUCGACUGCCCCAAUUACUUUCGAUGUCACGAAAAGAUCCACAGUGGAGAAAAGCCAUACGGAUGUAAGGAAUGUGGCAAAGCCUUCAGUUCUUCCAUGUCCCUUCAAAACCACGAAAGAAGUCAUAGUAGGAAAAAACCUCAUGAAUGUAAGGAAUGUGGCAAAGCCUUCAGUUUUCCCUGUUCCCUCCAGAAACACGAAAGAAGCCACACCGGGGAGAAACCCUAUGAAUGUAAACAGUGUGGGAAAGCCUUCACUUACCUCAGUUCUAUGCAAAAACACGAAAGAACUCACAGUGGAGAGAAACCGUAUGAAUGUAAGCAGUGUGGGAAAGCCUUCAUUUAUCUCAGUUCUAUGCAAAAGCACGAAAGGACCCACAGUGGAGAGAAGCCGUACGAAUGUAAGCAGUGCGGGAAAGCCUUCAUCACUCUCUCAAACGUUCAAAGGCACAUGAUAAAGCACACCGGAGAUGGACCUUGUAAAUGUAAGGAGUGUGGGAAGGCCUUCGACUGUCCUAGUUCGUUGCGAACACACGAACGGACUCACACCGGGGAGAAACCCUAUCAGUGUAAACAUUGUGGUAAAGCCUUUACUCGUUCCAGUUCUCUACGAAACCACGCGAGAACUCAUAGCGGAGCGGAGCCGUAUGAAUGUAAGGAACGUGCGAAAGCCUUCGGUUCCAGUUCUUUCUGAACACACGAGAUCACUCACACUGGAGAGAAACGCUCUGUGCACAAACAAUACGGUCCAGUCCUACUCGCUGUUACCUUCAUAUACACGGAACUCCUACUAGAGAGAAACCGAACGGAAGGAAAGUGGCGAAAGCCUUCCUUUAUCACAGUCUUCCGAGGACGCACGGGUGCACGCGGGGGAGAAACCAUAUGAAUGUAAGGGACGUGGGAAGGCCAUCCGUGCAUGUCCGUGAGAAGCCACAGAAGAACCCACACUGGAGAGGGUAGUCUUGAAUGUAAACAUUGUAGGAAAAUUCACUUGCCCCACCUCCUUGCAAAGCCACAAGAGAAUGUAUAAUGGAUAGAUACUUUAUAAAGGAACACCUUCUGAUUUUAACAAAUGUUUUCAAAGUCCUUUGAAAACUGCACUGGAAGGAAAUCCUAUUUUUGUAAGUAAUAUGGGUAAGCCUGCUGCAAAUUAAUUAGUGUAUGACACUCCCCCCAAAUUCACAUCACGAAAGAAACGUUAUUAACAGUAUACAUAAUAUUGUCUUCA